UCCAAGUGCUUCUAUCUGUGGCGUAUGUGAUGUUGCCAUCAUUGAUGUGACAUUCAGGCCCAUUGUGUAUUCCAGCUAGGAGCCUGUAAGCAGUUUAAGAGCCGAUUUCAUCUCGGUGGGGAAUGUCUGCCUAUCUCUGGCCUGUCACUUAGAUACCACCGGAACGAUGGUUGGAGAAGGGAGGAGAGACUGUGGUACGGGAACAAUAGGUCAUAUCUGAGGACACUUUCACCUUCAGAAUGAGAGCCAAGCAUUUCCCAUUCAACUACAGCUGAAACGUCACAACACAAAUGAUGCAUCCUUCAUCUGUAUACUAUUAUGAUUUCAGUGGAACAUGCGGAAGAGUGUCAGGGAGCAUUUGAAACCCUGCUGCAAAAUCCCACUGAUUUCAUAUGAAGAGAAGACAGCUCUGACAGCUGACGUCAGGCUGCAAACAAAUGCCGUUUUGUUCUGCAUUUCUGCCUGAGGUACCAUCGCUAAUGGCUGCAAGACCAUUCGAGAUCUACAGCUCCAAGUGCACGUAAAUGCAUCACAAUGCCUUCAAAAGUGUCAUGCCUCUACGUGUUGACGGUCGUUUGCUGGGCCAGCGCUUUGUGGUACUUAAGUAUAUCCCGUCCCACGUCAUCCUAUGUGAGCCAACUGUCCGUCCCGGCACGUAAAACAGCGAAAGCGCACAAGAGCAACGCCACCACAACCUUUGGCAACAUCCGGACGCGUCCGUUGAACCCCCACGCCUUCGAUUUCAUCAUCAACGAGCCCAAGAAAUGCGAAACGAACGUGCCCUUCCUCGUCAUCCUCAUCACGACCACGCACAAAGAGUUCAAUGCCCGCCAAGCCAUCAGGGAAACGUGGGGCGACGAAAGCACCUUCAGCGACCUCCGCAUCAUUACGCUCUUUCUUCUGGGACGCAGCACGGACUCAGUACUCAACCAAAUGGUGGAGCAAGAAAGCGAGAUCUUUCACGACAUCGUAGUGGAGGACUUCAUCGACUCGUACCACAAUCUCACUCUCAAAACGCUGAUGGGAAUGCGCUGGGUGGCCACUUUCUGCAACCAAGCCAAGUACGUGAUGAAAACCGACAGCGAUAUCUUCGUGAACAUGGACAACUUGGUGUAUAAACUCUUGAAGCCGGCCACCAAACCUCGACGGAGGUACUUCACGGGAUACGUCAUCAACGGCGGACCCAUUCGGGACAUGCGCAGCAAGUGGUACAUGCCCAGAGACCUUUACCCCGAGAGCAAGUACCCGCCAUUUUGCUCCGGCACUGGGUACGUGUUCUCAGCGGACGUUGCAGAGCUCAUCUACAAGACGUCCUUGCACACCAGACUCUUGCAUCUGGAGGACGUUUAUGUCGGGGUGUGUUUGAGGAAGCUGGCCAUUCACCCGUAUCAGAACAGUGGCUUCAAUCACUGGAAAAUGGCCUACAGUCUUUGCAGGUACCGUCGAGUCAUUACCGUACACCAGAUCUCCCCUGAGGAGAUGCAUCGUAUCUGGAAUGACAUGACCAGCAAGAAGCAUCUCAAGUGUUAGUGGGAGCUGCCCGAGGAUGUGUAUUUGUGCCCUUUUUUAAAUCCCCAUGGCGCACAGAUAGGACACAGAGCCUUGGGACAAACUGUAGUUCUUUCUUAGAAACACUUACUUCCUUCUGGGGCAUGUCAACGAUUUCGAAACACGCCAAGCCCAUCGUUUGAGCUCGUUGAGAACCGGUUGGGAAAUGUGCAAUUCGUGUUUAAUAUUAUAACUGUGCCAGUCUAAAACUAGUGAAGGAGUUUCUUUUGGUUCAGAUGCACAGCGUUCAGUUUUCUUUGCACAUUAUUCUGGUUGUACAAAUGAAAGUACCAUUGCUUUGUUUACUGUAUGUGGAAGCGCCUGCUAUUAUUUGUUAACACGUUCAGAAACCUCUUUUCUUGAAAAAGACAACGGCGAUGUAUAGCUCCUUAUUUAUAAGUAUAAAAUUAUUUUCUUACUCCUAGAAGUUGAACAUCAUUGCUUCAGCACAGCUAAUGUUUGUAGUUAUACUGUAAAUCUGUAUAUCUAAAUUCAUUAACGCUUGGUAUCAGGUGUCAUUUAGUGAGUAUUUACUGUACAUGGUAAACCUGUAGAAAAAUACUGUGUAAGGAACGCAGUGUAAACGUGGAAUAUAAUGAACUUGAAAGUGAUUUUUUUUCUUCUUCUCUGGAAUAUGAUUUCAUAGAGGCCAAAAUGUGAUUCAUAUGUUUCUUUUGUUGUCUGGAGUAAUUGAGGGGACGCGUGACAUUAAACUGUGAAAACAAAAAUGCAUAUAUUAUUCCCCAUGGGUACUAUUGUAUUAUACUGUGUAUUUUUACAUGACAAUAUAUAACAGCGUUUUUUUUUUUUUUUUUUUUUUUCGUAAGCGUUGAUCUUUUUAUUUGUAUGUUUUGCUCAUUUAUAUUCAAGAUUCUAAAGGGAUAAUAAAAUAAUUUACUCAAGUCAAAGAGUUAAAGAAAUUAAUAAUCUUAUUCAGUUGGCCCACAAUAAAUGAAUGAAAGCAAAGACAUUUAUAAUGUUAAAAAAUAUUUCAAAUAAAUGCUGUUAUUUUGAACUCUAUUCAUCAAGAGUCCUAUAGAAUUCAUCAAUGUAGCAAAUUAACAUAUUAGAAUGAUUUCUGAAGGAUCAUGUGACACUGAAGAUGAUGGUGCUGAAAAUUCAGCUUUGCAUGGCAGGAAUAAAAUAAUAUUUUAAAAGAUAUUAACAUAAAAAAUGGUUAUUAUAAGUUGUAAUAAUAUUUCACAAUAUUGCUGUUUUUAAUUGUAUUUUUCAUCAAAUAAAUGCAGCCUUGGUGAGCAUCAUAGACGUAAAAAAAAAAUUAAAAAUGUACCAACCCCAAAUUUAAUGUACAGUUAUGUGUAAUAAAACCCCUUUAACCAAACGUAAAAAAGAGAGAGAGGAAGAAAAAAAAAACAGCAGCAGCUAUAUGAUAAUAGACAGUGAUGUUCAAUAAACGCUAAUGUGUUUUCCUAAAGUAACAAGUUUUACAGAAAAUUUGGGUAUUAUCUGCAGCCGUAUGGCUGGAUCAUUUUCCAAUGGCUUUGGAACCUCAUCGGUAUACAUUUAAAGAGCUGAUUUGUAAAACAUCAGCUUGUUUUGGAACUAACUUUGGAACUUCCAAUGAGCCUGUUUAGAAACCCAUUCCGUUACAUUUCUGUCUCUUUGGAAUCUGACAUCUAACCUUUAUGCAUGUGUGACAGCAUAAAUGUGCUGUGGAGAUCCAGCAAAAUGUCCAACCCACCUUCUCCAUCCUUGAAGGAUUUUACCAGUCACUUGUCCUGCCAAAUGACCACAGUAGAGGCACUUGGCAGACUGGUCAGGCAGCUCGAGACGUGCCAAACUCCGUCAGCACCCGUGACAAAUAAAGACAGUCUUUGCCAUUGUUGUUAAACGUGUCCCAAUGGAGCCAGUACUUCACAGCAGCUGAUUUUCCAUCAGGAAUGGGUGUCUAUUAUGGGAUGCCUUCCAGGAGGCUGUUGUCAGGGAGGGAUUAAAAGCAAUCAGCAUCUUGGGUGAAUACAGUGUCAGAAAAUGGCACUUAACUUGAAUAGUGGCACACUUCGGUGUCCCAUUACCUUAAAACGUGCCUUUGGCUAGUCCAAGCUCUGAGGUCUGAU